AAACUUGCACAAGCAGCUUGUAAUUCCGCAUUAAGACGUAGGGUUUAAGACAUUCCAACGUGUGAAGGAAGUUUGGCAGUCGUAAGAUUAUGCGGUGACGAAGUUCUCUAUAAACAUGUUGGUGUUGACUGGAGUUCCAGAUGGCCUGUUACCGAUUACUGACCCCCACUCGUCUUAUCUUGGUCGUCUUGACUGUCUGCUUGACCAGCUUCAUUCUCUUCUCCAUCACUGACGACUGUACCUGCGCCAGCAUCGAUGUCCUGGUGCAGAAAGUACGCAAUCUCCAAGAGGAAAUUAGGACUAAAGAUGAUGCACUUACAAACUGCAAAACGGCUAAGAGAGGCGGCGAGGAGGGGGAUGAUGCGGUGGGAGACGCGAGCUGGGACCCUCAUGUCCUCUGCAUUCUUGUGCCCCACCGGGAUCGCUUUGAAGAGCUGAUGGAGUUUGUGCCGUACAUGGACAAGUUUUUAUCACAACAGAUGGUGCGGCAUAGAUUUGUAGUUAUUAACCAGAUUGACGCGCAUAGAUUUAACAGAGCAUCACUUCUCAACGUUGGCUUCAAGGAGUCUCGUGACAAGUGCAACUACAUCGCCUUGCACGAUGUGGACCUUCUUCCCAGAAACCCUGCCAUCACAUACCACUAUUCCAAUGUGAAGGAUGGGCCUUAUCAUGUGUCUGCUCCAGAACUUCACCCUAAAUAUGACUACGAAGAGUUCAUUGGUGGAAUUAUUUUGAUGUCGGUAGAACAGUUUGAUCAAUUGAACGGUUUAUCCAAUCGAUUCUGGGGGUGGGGCAGAGAAGACGAUGAGCUGUACAUGAGGAUACAAGAAGCACAAAUGAAGAUUACCAGGCCCAAAGGCAUUACCACUGGAAGAAAAACAUUUUUCCACAUCCACGACAAGAAACGAAGGAAAAGGGACAUGAAGAGAAUCGGCAACCAACAUAGGGAAUCCUUUCACAGAGACAGAGAAACAGGGUUACACAAUGUCCAGUACAAUGUGCGCAGCCGUCAACAGCUCAGCAUCAACGGGGCCAAAGCGACUUUGUUACACGUGAAGUUUGACUGUGAUGUGGAGGCUACCCCUUGGUGCGAUGAUUCGUAGACGUCCAACUUGGAGCUAAACCCUAUUACCUUCUCAGAUCCCUCAAAAUCCAUCCGGAUGUUUUGUAAGAUUUUGCAGGAUUGAGGAAAGCAGAGCCCAGCCACUGUUAUGAGUCCGAAACUGGCUUCCAGAGCUACGGCUAAGUCGGUUGUGAGGAUAAUCCCAUGUAGUUGUAAUGAUUGAAGACCUAGACCAUAGCUCUAGAUUUGGAUGCUGCCUUACUUGAUGCCUGUUAAAACUUUUUAAGUGUAAAGAAAGUGUCAUUGGGCUCCUGCAUGUAUAGUGGAGGAUUUCGGAGGAUCUAGGAACGGCAUUAGCAAGUUUUCCUUUGUAAUAUUCACUAUGAACUGUGGACUGUAGACUACGCCCCGUGACCACUCGUGAAAGUUUGUAGGGGAGACACGUGCGUUCGUUCACUUGUUUCCCGUGCAUAUGGCAUGAAGUAGGGACGAUGAAUUUUGAUGUGUCUUCGUGGGAGUGGCAGGUGUACUGUAGCAGUGCAUUCAAGCCCCUCGCACUGGUCCCCCUCUCUUUGUAAGCGAGCGAGGGGGUACUUUUGCAUCGAGUCCACCAUGAGUCUACUGCUGUAAACUCCAGGCUUGUUACCGUAGACUAGAACACGGUGUGAUGGCUGUGUUUCCAGCUCCUAAGUGUGUGUCAAUGCAUUGUUCCCUGUUGUCAAGCUAAUUUUUUAACAUAGUACAAUCGAACCUCGUUAGAACAAACUCUGUUAAUACAAAAUUCUGGUUAUAACAAACAUAAAGCUUUAGUCCCGCCUGUGCAUUUAUGUGCACAAUGAAUGGGACUGAUGUUCCUCUAAUAAUACAAAAUUCUGAUAUAACAAACAAUUUGGUUAUGUCUGAACGAGUUUGUAUUGACGAGACACGACUGUACAUGUAUUCCCUGCCAAAACAUGUGGGCAGUUUGAUUCGGCUAAAUCCAUGAGCUUUUUUGUCAUAACCAAAGGAAUUUUAUAUAACCCUAUGCACCUCCAUUGGGUAAACUGUAUGCUGCAAAUAUUAACAGCUUGCUUGUUUUUUUUUCAGUUCAAACACAUUAUGCAAAUAACCGUAUUCAAACCCAAUAAGUACAUGUAGUGUUUUUGACGUCUCCGAUAAACAGUUCAUGCAGUCUGACGCUUACCAAUGGUCUCACCAAGAUUAUCAGGGUCUGGCAUGUGAUCUGCUUGCUCCCCCCUACUUACAAAAUUUGGAGAUGACAAAUUGAGCUUUUUGUUGUUAGACUUAGAACCCCCCCCCCCCUGAAAAAAAUCUGGACCCUAUUAAUAUCACUGAGAAAUCCGAAGGACACUUUAGAAUUUGGCGAUGUACAAAAAUACACAAAAAAAGGAAGGCCUGAUUUCUUCAACAUUGACAUUCCAUAUCAUGGGUUCUGCAUGUUAACAGGGUAUUAUAUUGUGCUUAAGUUUAUAGCUGGACAGAAUUGGUUGAAAGCUUCGAGAAAUGUAUUACAACUGACCAAAUAAAGCUUAUUAUUACAACCCUUGGUUUCCAUCCCACCAAAGCAGGUUCUGUACCGCUCUGUUCUGAAUUAUAUGAGAUAUUAUUAAAGUUAAAUAUGAGAGGCUGAAUUAACUGUUUAUUCAUAUUUUUGCUGAAGAGAAAAUGAAAGUUUUAACCACAAAAAUACGAAUGAUGUAAUGAGUAGUUGUAAUAUGAACCAUAAAUAGUUAAAAAUGUAUUAGACUUUUUGUUCCUUUAUUUCACAAGACAAUUGUGACAGUAUCUUACAAAAUGAGUCCCAUGUUUUUCUUUACUUGGGGCCUACCUUUUAUCAUAUCUAGUCGAACAAGCAUAAUCUGCUCAACAUGUUGGUAUUAUAAAGAUGCAGAUAUGAACUUCUUUUAAAAAGCAAGGCCUAGGCUUAUCACAAACAGCCCGCGAUUGUGAUUCAUUUUGUUGGGUUGAGUAAGUAUAAAAUUCUGUUUCUGUUUCACAGAAAAUUAUACCGUAUGCAAUUUUGUUUAUAUAGCUUAUUGUCAAAGAUUUUGUAACAUCAAAUUUGAACUGAUUAUAAAAUUACUAUUGUAAUAAUGACUAUCCUAGUUGUUGCAAUAGAAAUAUUAAUAACGGUAA